ACUCUUGUUUAAAAUCCAAAGGGUCAGACCUGAACAUAACUCUACUCUGAACAUAGAUAAUUUAAAGCGAAUAUUGAUUAUGCUAAAACAGGAAGUAUUCUCAUUCUCUUAAGAAAAAAAACAACACACAAUACAAACUUGUUAGAUCUCGACUUUAGCAUUCAGCACUGAUUAGAGAUUAUUUAAGACAGUUUGUGGACCAUUUUAUUCGUGAAAAGACAAAAAAUAUAAAUAUUUAAAAUCUCAUCUGCUGCUCGUGAACUCGGUACAUUGUAUCUAACUGAACAUUAUUACCAACUACAAAUGGGUGCGUCUGUUGAUUAAAUAUAAAAAUGGCUUGCCAUCCCCGGCCCCUCCUGGCGGCACGAAGCGGGGAGGGGGUGGGGGUUGCUGGGAGGGUGAGGAGUUGAAAUCGCCGUCCAACACGUGAGGCUCAUGUGACGGAGGAGAGGCAGUUUCUCUCUCAGGGAGAGAGAGAGACGUGCCUGCAGUCACAGGGUUUAUUUAACACGUAGUCACCAACCCACCCAGCUCUCACACAUCGCGCGGGGCGUGGAGCUUUCCUCGGCAUACUAACGAGCCCCGACCUUAGAGUGACAGCACUCUAAACUGCGACCAGCUUCAGCCUACAGCAGGAUCACACCGGAGGAGGCGUGCUACUUCUUUUUCGUUUUUUGUUAUUCUUGACUUUUUUCGCCCUCUCUUUCUAUUUCUUUCUUUUUUCUUUUUUUUUUUUUGUUAAGGAGCGAGCGCUUUUCAGGUUAUUUUUUUCGCCCGUCAAUAAAGCGACAUGGAGCGGAUUACAAGUGCGCAACCACCUCCUUAUGUUCCGAAACACGCAUCAAUGGAUAUACCUGACAUGCGCCGACUAGAAUAUCCUAUUUAUAUGUGCAAAAGCAGGAGGGGUAUGAAGGGCAGGGAUGAAUGCAAGGAGACUUACAAGUUGCCACACAGACUGAUCGAAAAGAAAAGACGGGACAGAAUAAAUGAAUGCAUUGCCCAGUUGAAGGACCUGUUGCCAGAACAUCUUAAGCUUACAACGCUGGGUCAUCUGGAGAAAGCCGUGGUGCUGGAACUCACGCUGAAGCAUGUGAAAACUCUGAGCGCCGUCCUGGAGCAGCAACAGCAGAAAAUAGUGGCGCUCCAGAAAGACCUGCAGAUCGGUGAUAACGUGGGAGAUGGUGCUGAGACCAGUGAGGAAAUGUUCCGCUCUGGCUUUCACCUCUGUGCCAGAGAAGUCCUCCAUUAUCUGGCGAGUCAAGAGACCAGCAGGGAUCUGACCCCCUCACACGUCAUCAGUCACAUCCAGAAGGUGGCGGCUGAAGUUCUCCACAAUGAAAGCAGCCCUCAACCCAACAGGUCCUCCGCCCGAGAGUCUGACGAGGCAAAGAGGCCAGUCAGGCAGCCGUCGGCGUUGCCCGAGGCCCCGGCUAGGAACUGCGUCCCGGUCAUCCAACGGACUUGCCACCAUGGGACGGGGGAGCAGAGUGGCAGUGAUACGGACACUGACAGCGGCUACGGGGGAGAACACGACAAGUCUAAAGCCCAGUGGUCGGAAAACAAUGAGAGGGAGGGUGAGGCAAAGCCUCCCGCGUCGGAGCGGAUUGUCGGUGUCGUCAAGCAGGAAGGCGACCAGCCCCGGGCAAAGAGGUUAAGAGUGGACUCGGAGGAUGAGAUGCUCUCCUUUCACCCAGCGGGAGCUCCUGGCAGUUAUGUAAACGUCUCCCCCAACCAGCCCCCUUUUUGCCUCCCUUUCUACCUCAUCCCCCCAUCAACAGCGGCAGCCGCGGCAUAUCUCCCGAUGCUGGAAAAAUGUUGGUACCCUGGCGGCAUGCCCAUCAUGUACCCAGGCCUGCCCUCGGAGCCGUUGCCCUCGUCUCUGUUGAUGUCUCCAAGGGCGGGGUCUCCGGUGGCCUACCGCAUCCCAAUGGAUUCCCCCACUCUCCACAAAGCUUUAAGGCAGGUCUCUCCUUUGAACUUGGAAACCAAAGACUGAGCAGACGGUUCACCCAUCAGCUUUGCCCCACUGAAUGUUGAACCAGAGGGUACAGUGUUGACCCUCCUUGGUAACUUGUCCCCUCAGAGCAGAACCCUUUAAGGUCAACACUGUCAGACAUUGACCCUCUGACUAUUUUUGAGGCUCAUAUUAAAGACUCUGUACAACCCCUUCAACACUGUGAAGACGGCCAUCUUAAAGAGCGCACAAGAGAUUUCAAAGUUUAUACGUUUUUUGGACUCCAGAAAUGAUGAAUGUCAGAGGAAACCCCAGAAUGUACCCCAUAUUCCUCCUUUUAUUUCUUGUCCCAAAUCAAUUUGGACCUGUGUUGUUGUUCACCACCCCUGUAAUGAAUGUAAAGAUGUAUAAAGAAGAAAAUAUUAACAAUAAAAUCUCCUGUGAAUGCUGCUGUAGAUCAGCAAAUGUCAGGACCUACCCCAGUGUUUGCCACCCCCGGGGACAGCAACAAGCCAUUUUAACCAAAAAAAGAAAAAGAACCAGUAUGUCUGGGUCCUGACCUCCCAGGCCUAACUUCUUUCAUGUCUGUUUGUGCCGCCACUGAAAACAAAUGCAGGAAUUCAUGAAGUUCAGAGAAUUCAGGGUGUUGGCCCGCCGUAGUCCGUACCAGGUGCGUCACCUAAUCUGUCGAAGCGGGCUUCUAAAACCUAAUCUGUGACUCACGGCUAUUUUUAUUUGAUUACGUUUUUUU